GGUGCGGGCUUCACAGGACGAGGCAUUUUCCACAUACACACACACGGAGGUCCCGCAUGCUCUAUGAUUGCAGCAUGCCAUGAACGGCACUCCCCGGCUCCGGUCUGCUUUUCCGCAGACACCACAAACCGCUCCGAGAUCUAGCAACUACAGUAACAAUACUCCGUCUCGGCCUGGGCUGCACAAUGGGGUAGUCCAGAAGUCGUCUGCGAAAGUCGCUACGAGCCCAUCUGCUGCAAACCCGCCCCUAAUACCAGCUAACGUUAUCGACGCUCCAUCGCAGCGACUUUACGUUGCGGCUUUCUACCUGGCCCUCAAUACUUGGCGCGUGUACGAGUCCUGGACUGCAUCUGACGAUCUCGAUUCGACCUGGCUGUUUCUCAAAUGGGCGGCCGUCGAUAGCGUCUUCCUUUUUGGCUUGCAGGCGCUGCGAAUUCCCUGGUUAGAAUGGGCUUUCCCUACAACACUAGCCAUCUUCUUGAUUCAUGUUGCUGGAAACAUUUUUCUCAUGUUCCAAAUCCCUAUUCCUGUGGGUGCUUGGGUUUCCGGGGCAAUCAAACUAGCUUAUGAUCGGGAAUUGUCUAUAUCAGAACGGAGUGUCAAACCGGGCGACAUUAUCCACAACGCGUCUCUUAUAUUGGGCAAGCAAAUCGUCCAUAUACUACCGGAGGGCUCUGCAAUCCUAAAUCCUGAUCACAUACCUCUCUGUAUCGAUACUCACAAAACUGCUAUCGAUCUACCUAUACGUAUUAAUCAGACCGAUCCAAUCUUGAUAGAGCUGUUACGCCUGGAUUAUGACACCGGUAGCAAUGAAACCAUCUCAAUAUCAGCAAAGCAGCUGAAACAUAUGAAGCGUCAAGCAGAAAAGUCUGUCCCGAAAACAGCGUCCAAGCUCCAUCGUGAUCUCAUGUUCUCCGUCAAGCGACCCGGAUUAUAUCGGCUGCAAAGAGUAGUAGAUGAGUCAAAUCUCGACGUUCAUAUGAGAUCAUCUGACGCUCUCGUUGCCUCGUGCCCUCGGGCAACGAUCAAGAAUUCCCCGAUUCAUAAAUGCCGAGGAGAGCUUUCGAACCUGCUUUUGGUGGUCGAGGGCACUCCUCCCCUUAAAAUCAAGUACAGCAGGCAGGUCAACAGGCUUGACCGGGGCUUUUCUUUCCAGAACAUUCAGCCUGAUCAUCUGCGUUCGCCAUUAUUAGGCCAGCGGACAACCGGCACUCUCUUCAACGCGAAGGACUUCGACGUGACUUGGGCCCGCAGCCAAACCAUUGAGGUUCCGUUGAACGAGUCUCUUAAUGUUGGCGGCGAAUGGACAUAUACGAUCGAGGAAGUCCAUGACGGUUCUGGCAACGUCGCGAAUUAUUCAAUGCUCUUGGAUAUCGCUGACAGACUAUCUACAAAAUACCCUUCACAAUGGCAUGAAUUCUCUGUUCAUGAAAGGCCUCGACUUUCCUUGUCCGGCUGCAAUGAUCAGAGUUUCCUUGAAGUCGCACAUGGGGCAAGCGUGGACCUACCCCUCAAGUAUCACCAGUCAGGACAAGGAUACGAGAACGACGGGCCCUUCUCUCUGGUCUACACAUUCAAUGGUGAGACUGAAUCGAGUCUUGGAGAGUCUCCAAGCAAAAUACGCCAGACAUCUCUGAGGAAUCUUGAUCACAAGCCUCAGAUCAAGGACCCAGGCUGGUACAGGCUGAAUUCUCUUUCCAGUCAAUAUUGUACCGGAGAAGUGCUAGAGCCUUCAUCUUGUUACCUACGCAACCCACCGGAGCCUGACGUGACCGUCAAGUAUGAAAGAGUUUUCGACAACUGCGCAAAUAACCCUAUCGGUCUACUCGUUGACUUGGAUUUGACUGGAUCUCCGCCGUUCCGGCUUCGGUACGUCAUCGAGCAUGCGAAAGGCGUUGAAACCAGAGCACAUACUAUUGAUGGUCUUCGCGCUCAACUUGACUUCACACCCUCAGAAGCCGGUCUGUAUCGUUACCGCUUUCUAGACAUUGCAGACACAGUCUAUGGCUCCCAAUCUCUUCAGGAUAAGGUCCCUGUACUCGAGCAAGAUGUGAAACCACCAGCCUCUGCACACUUCUUGGGGUCUAAGGCUGUGCGUAAAGCUUGUUUCGGCGAACCAGUAUCUCUUGAUGUUGCUUUCUUAGGCGAGGCCCCCUGGACACUGCAGUAUGAAGUGGUCCACAAUGGCAAGAAGACAAAGUACUCCUUGGAAUCUGACAAUGGAAUAUCUACUAUUGUGACGGAAAGGCUCGUCAGCGGUGGAGAGUAUUUGGUUCUGCUCACCAGUGUCAAAGAUCGCUCGAAUUGCAAGCGAACGCUCAAGGACAGCAUCAGGAUUGACGCACGUUCCAAACCUCCUCAUGUGUCGUUUGGCGAGAUAGAGAGAAGCAGAAAAUACUCGGCCUUGCAGCGCUCCAGCGUCGAUAUUCCGAUUCGCUUAAGCGGAGAACGUCCCUGGAACGUGAAGUACAGAAACUUGAACGCCAGCUCUGCUAUUCUUGAAAAGACUUUUUGGCACCAGAAUAGCUUCCUGCCCGUGACACAGGAUGGAAAGUACGAACUUCUUGGUGUGGCCGACAGCUCGUGUCCUGGGUUUGUCGAUCAGGGAGGCAGCACAUUCGAGGUUUCUUGGAUACCCCGUCCCCGAAUCACACGCGUGGAUGGCUCCCCUGUCGGGUCAGACGGUCUAAUCACGAAACGAGAAGUUUGCCAGGGAGACGACGACAGCCUCGAAAUUCGACUCUCUGGGCAUGCCCCGUAUAGCAUCCAAUACGAGCAACAACGAAAGCCUGCACGCGGUUCAUCUUCUGUUCGCGUCCAAAACAUACGAACUGCCCUUCAUGCCGCUUCUGUGGAAAUGGAUACCUUAGAAGCCGGUUUGUAUACUUACAAAUUCACGGAGGUCGGCGACAACCUCUACGAUCAGGAUCCCGGAGUCAAACCCGUGGUAGUAACCCAAAAGGUGAACCCUCUCCCUUCCGCCCGGUUUGAUUCGCCAGGCCGCAUCUACGGGUUUUGCAAGGAAGAUGUCAGCGGCGAGGAAUUGAUCCCUAUCACUCUCGAGGGUGUCGCACCUUUCUCCCUUGAGAUCUCUAUCAAGCAUCACACGAAAGCGAAACCGGAGAUAGUAUCGAUUUCCAACAUCAAUGCGAACAGGCACCACCUCCCAUUGCCACGACGUCACCUGGACCUUGGCCAACAUGUUGUCAGCAUUCGCAAAGUAACCGAUGCACGUGGCUGCCAGCAAACUACCGAGUACGAUGCCUCUUCAGUCAGAAUUUCAGUGUCAGAUGUUCCAACCAUAAUCCCACUGGAAUCAAAAUCAGACUACUGCGUGGGCGAACGACUCUCCUUCUCAUUAUCUGGCCAUGCCCCGUUCGAUAUUUUCUAUACAUUCGAUGGCGCUUCGAGAAAAGCCACCUCGAAGACCACAAAUUUCCGUCGCAUCGCAGAGAAACCAGGCAUUUUCAGUGUCACCGCUGUAAGUGAUGGUGCCAGUGGAAAGUGUAAAGCCCACAAGAGUAUCACCAAAACAAUUCACGAAAUGCCAAGUGUGAGGAUCAGCAAAGGGCAAGUGUCUGUUGUUGACAUACACGAAGGAGGAGAAGCUGAACUCCAAUUCGAGUUCUGGGGCACGCCACCGUUCGAGUUCACAUAUGUACGAAGCUCAAAUGCUCGGAAAGGAAAAAAAUCCGAGAUACUUGAUGUGAAACAUGAUAUCUCCCACGAGCAUACGAAAAUAAUCAAAACAUCAGACGAGGGCACGUAUGAGGUGGUGGCGAUUAAAGACAAGUAUUGUUCUUUUUCAUCCCAAAUACCAGUUGGAAAACCGGAAAAGGUGACAGCCGGUGCAUGAGUUGAUGGAUAGACGGACGGAGUGGCACGUAGUCCAUAGAUCAAAAUAAUACAAUGAAUCAAAACAUUACCUUCAGUGCUGUCAUUAGC